AUGAUCUUUUCAUUUUGUGGCCCUUGUAAGAUGUGCGUUGCGGGAGUUGAAGAAUGCACAAUAAUUUUGACCGAGUGCAGUAUAAUUUGCUGCCGCAAGAAAAACUCAUCAGUGAUCAUGAGCGCACCAAUUCGUCGGCUUGGAAGACUGGAUCUUCGAUCCAAACAGUCGGACAUGGAAGAAGAUCACCGUCGACAAGCGCUGCUCUUUGCGCAUUAUUCUACUGACGAAACAGCUAGGUUACAAUUUAUGGCGGAGACCUACAGAAUGAGAAUGGAGCAAGGAUUGAUUCACACAGAAUCUUUCGAUGAAAUUAGCUCGGAUUUGGAGGCGGCGCUGGAAGAGGAUCUCGACGAGCUCGAUGACGACCAAGAAGAAGACAACGAAAUGGAUGAUGCGGACGAGGCCGAGCUACUUGGGAUAAAACAAAUGCGUUAG